GAGUCAUUAAACUGACUCCUCAAAAAAAAGUACAGGCUUUUUAUGUUUUCUUUUAUAUCUCUACACAGAGGCAAACGGAAGUUAUUUUUGAAGAAUACUUAAAUUGGUGAGGUUGGUGACGGCCAUAGAUAUCUUUAAUCUUCAGUUUUCUUCACCACUUGACAAAGAUCAAAUGGAUGGAAAAGAUGUUUUUGAUUUUUUGUGCCCUCCGCCUCCUGAUACUGACACGGCAGCUCUCAGACUGGCCACUGACAGCCUCCAAAACCAGGAGAGACUUAACCUGGUGUUGAAGAAAUCAAGUGUCACCUCGACUAAAAAUGUUGGUGACAAAUCACGAAGUGCCAUCGACAGACUGCGAGAAAUCAAAGCAGACAUCGAAGGAAGCAGCUCCGGCUAUGUUGCCAUGGCGAUUAACGAAACCCCUCUGCAAGAGCUGCGUCAGCUGACUCUAAUGCAUGUUCCUAGUUCCAUCACAGAAGAGGUUAGAGAGAGGUUCCAGCGUCUGAUUCACCAGUGUCUCGAUGGUAGAUGUCGAGACAUUGUGUGUGGUGUUCUGUCAAUCUGCCCGUGGUACUGGGCCACACAGAGAGAGCGGGGUGAACAGGCGAGACAUAACGUCAUCGUCAUUGUUUACAUCAGCUUCGACAACCAGUUUAUCUCCCCUGUCAACCCACACGUGCAGGCACAGGCUGGUGUCAUUGAUCUCGGUUGGUUACACGUGGUGGAGUUAUCUCACUUUGUACAAGCCUUGAUGAAAGGAAGGACACGAUACGUGGAGCUGUUAUUCUGCCACCAGGGGGCGCUAGUUCUCGAUUCAGAACCAUGGCAACAACUAAGAUUGCAACGGACAGAAGUAACAGGUUUAAGGGGUUUCAUCGAGGCUUGUAGGGGCCAGGCAGUGGGAGGAAUUUCAAAAAAGAAGAAAAAUGGUGGGCUGAAACUGAAAGAAACAACAACAUUCUAUCAGCUUUGUGAAUCAUUCAGUAACCCAAACUUAAACAUGUUGACAACACUGUCCAGUCAGAGGCCGAUAUCAAGUGAACUGCAGGAGAGUAGUCUGUCGGAUAUAGCAAAACAAGGCUUCGAAAAACUGAAACUGCUAUACCAGGAUCCCGAUGUAUUGAAUCAUGAGAUUUUCGUGAUUCUUCAAACAUGGCAGGAGGAAAUAAUGAAAAAGUUAAAAGGAUUUAAAUUUGCUGACACCAAAACAAUUGAAGCUGUUUUCGGUCCAUGGAUGAUGGCAACUCGACUGGCUGGACGGCAGCUAUCAAAACUAACGUAUUUGUCGGAUGAAUACUCGACCCUCGUGAGUCUGAUGUCCGAUAUCGGAGGCCCCGUCUCGCGGAUGAAGCCUCAACAGAUUCUGCUGGUAGCUCGAGCAGGCAGCUGGAUGUACGGACUGUCCACACCAGACAGCGAUGUAGACUAUAUGAUCAUUUAUGCUGAGCUACCAGAAGUUGUAUUUUCGUCAUGCAGAAAGCUGUCAGAGAGUGUUGAAAAUCGAGGUCCGACAAAACAGUUUGAGUACGGAGCUUACGAGGCUCGUCUCUUCUGCGAGAUGGUGUUAAAAGGAAGUGUUGUUAUUUUAGAGUUGUUGUUUGUGGAUGGUCAUGCCUAUGAAAGCCCAGCAUGGAAGGCACUAUCUGUGUGUAGAAAGAGGUUUCUGACGGAGUGCGGUAUACAGCAGUAUCUGGGUCUCGUCAAGAACAACUUCAAUUUGAUCAAGUCGGAAAAACACGGAGGUGGAACGUCGAGAGAUAGAAAACUCUUCUACCAAAUUUUUCACAAGUUGAACUCUCUGGAGUAUUUCCUGCAAGAGUUACCUCCUCCUGUCAGAUGCAGUGAUGACAUCAGAGACUUCAUACUGAGAGUCAGGACACAGCCAUGGGAGGGCGAUCUUUCAAGAGAGAAUCUCCACACACUAGCUACAGAAAAAUACAACAACAUGCGUCAGCAUUUGGUCGACAGACAGAAACGUCUGCCGGAGAAUGUAGAUUACAGGCUGAUGUCCAACUGGCUCCAGAGUGUUCGGGGAAUACCACUGGUGAAGGAAGAAAUUGUCUUCAACACACAGGGUUCAAUGUGAUAAAUGUUUACUUUAUGUUCACAAAGCUUUUCUAUAAAGAGGAUAAUAAAUGAGUUAUCAAUUAUUAUCAUGUUUAUGUCCUGUGUGAAAUAAUGUUCACUUGUCACAAGCUUUGACGACUGACAAAUGAAAAUUAUUUCAUGAGGAUAUAAAUUCUAUUAACUACCUCAGCUAUUUAGUUUUUCUUAAAGGGACAUACUCUAGUUUUUAAACAUUAAGGCAUAUUUUUUACUAUUAUAGCCGUUUUUGAUGACUGAGAUCAUACGUUACUUAGAUUUUAUGGUUUAGAUUAUCAUAUAUUAUACCGUAUAUUCGAAGUGUUUCUGGUCAUCCUGAUGUUUGUAGUACGAAAAAAAGCAUUUUUCAUAUUUUUAAAAACGCACGUGUGUCUCAGAAGUAGCAGUUUAUUGAUUAUAGUUCUAGUCUAUUUGUUAAGGAUAUUUCCUGUUUUUAACGUCACAGACUCUCCUUUCACUCUGUUGUGCCCAAAUUAGUGAGAUCUAAAACCAUGGAUACGUCCUGGAACAAUCUCAAGAUUUGUCAUAAUAAUUAACUUAUAAUGAUUACAGAUAUUUUGUAGUUGUAAGCAUAUUUAGUUUUUUAUAUUUUUAUAUUUUUCUUUAUGAUAAUUUAUUCUCUUACAUUGUUAUUUUUUAUGUUGCAUCGUGUAACCUGUUGCGAUCUAAAGCCCUGGAUACAUUCUGGAACAAUCUCAAGGUUUGUCAUUAUAAUUAAUUUAUAAUGAUUACACAUAUUUUGUAGUUGUAAGCAUAUUUAGUUUUUUAUAUUUUUAUAUUUUUCUUUAUGAUAAUUUAUUCUCUUACAUUGUUAUUUUUUAUGUUGCAUUGUGUAACCUGUUGCGAUCUAAAGCCCUGGAUACGUCCUGGAACAAUCUCAAGGUUUGUCAUUAUAAUUAAUUUAUAAUGAUUACAGAUAUUUUGUAGUUGUAAGCAUAUUUAGUUUUUUAUAUUUUUAUAUUUUUCUUUAUGAUAAUUUAUUCUCUUACAUUGUUAUUUUUUAUGUUGCAUUGUGUAACCUGUUGCGAUCUAAAGCCCUGGAUACAUUCUGGAACAAUCUCAAGGUUUGUCAUUAUAAUUAAUUUAUAAUGAUUACAGAUAUUUUGUAGUUGUAAGCAUAUUUAAUGUUUCAGAUUUUUAUAUUUUUCUUUAUGAUAAUUUAUUCUCUUACAUUGUUAUUUUCGAUGUUGCAUCGUGAACUUGUUAUACACUGUAACCUGUUUAAACCAGAUCAUGUCGGGGACCUGUUAUUUAUCUGAUUUCAAUAGGAUCCGGUCUUUAGAAGGUUGCCUUUUAGAAUUUAGAAAGUUCGGGACCAUGAAAUUUGACAGGUUAUGACAGUAUUCCGGUUUGUCAAGGUUUUCAUUGUACAUGUAUUCAUAUUAUUGUCUGUAUUGAGUAUUGUAUAGAAGGUUGCCUUUUAGAAUUUAGAAAGUUCGGGAUCAUGAAAUUUGGCUGGUUAUGACAGGAUUCCAGUUUGUUCAGGGUCCGGUUUAUACAGGUUUUCAUUGUACAUGUAUUUAUAUUAUUAUCUGUAUUGAUUUUGUCGCCAUUUUGUGACUUUACUUUGGCUUAGUCAUGAUUUUAUAUUGGGGGGGGGGGGGGGGGGGGCACUCUAUUUGGGUGGGACCAACCACACUGUCUAUGACCCUCAUGCUUCCAUUUUCCUCUCGCUCGCUUGAUGCGAGGUCAGUUUGGGAUCGAUCCCUUUCAGUGGGCCCAUUGGGCUAUUUCUCGCUCCAGCCAGUUCACCACAACUGGUACAUUAAGGCCAUGGGAUGUGCU